AUGUGUCGCUUCUCCGUAUUGGACCUAGUUUCUGUAGUCCUAAUGACCGAGCUGAGUGUCUGCAGGAACUACAAGAGGAAAACGGAGGCUGCAAAGAAGGAGUACCUGAAAGCAUUGGCUGCCUACAGAGCCAGUCUGGUUUCCAAGACGUACAACGACCCCACGGAGCCGAAAAGUGCCCAAACAGGCCAGGCCUCCCCGCACAUGAUGCCAACCAACCCGUCCCUGUACAGCGUGCCACACCCACCCCAGCCGUCGUCCCCCUACCUGGGUCCCGGCGCCUUCCCCCUCGCAGACCUGCAGAGCUACGCGGGCCACGCCCCUCGCCACGCCCUCUCGCAGACGCUCAGCCAAUCGCAGAUGCUGCCCAGCAUUAGUGCCUCUCCCCCUUCCCCCUUCCAGAUCAGCCCGCCCCUUCACCCCCACCAGCAGCUGUCCCUGCACCAGAGCUCGCUCCUCAACCAGCCGAUCCGCAUGCAGCAGGUCCAGUCCCAGCCAAUCAUCUCCCACCAGAUGGGACUGCAGGCCUCCCUCCACUCCCCGCCCCCCCCUGGCCAGCAGGCGUACUCCCACCUCCAGUCAGAGUAUCAGAAGAGCAUCGGAGGCUCCCAGUCUCCAGGUGCACCUGGUCCUGGUCCUGGCCAUGACUGGGACAGUGAAUACUGCAACAGGGAGUGUGGCAACCACUGCAGUGGCAGCAUGAUCGGCAGGGACAAGCCCCUCUACCUCACCUGAGCCUCAUCAAACAUCAAGGCGGCGACCAAGCGAGGAGUCCACUCUCACCCUCUCCGUGACCCCCCCCCCCCCCCCUUCUGACACGCGUGUACAUACGUUACAUACUUUCUUUAGUUCUCCUCUCGCGACGGGGACUUUUGGGACGAGAGCGACUUUUUCCCCAUAUUAGCCUGUGGUUUGAAGUCGCCUGAUGCACUUAAGAAGCCCCGCCCCCUCCCCUUUCCGACCCCUCCACUCUGGUAGCUGGGCUGUAGAGCGCUCCUCUUUUGUGUCCCCUCAGGGACCCCCAUCCAGCUUUAAUUAGAGUGCACAGGAAAACAUUACUUUCUUGUUCUCCUUACUCUUUUAUUUAUUUCCGCUUUGCAAAGUUGCCCCUCGUACUGAACAGAGAUCUUUACUUCGACUAGUUCUUUUGGUUUUUUUUUGCUUAAGGGUCUGCAAGAAGUGACAGAAAAAAGAAAAAAGCAGCGGGGGAAUUGAAACUAAAUAAUCGUUUUUUUGUUUUGUUUUAUUUGAAAUAUUAAAAGACCCGUGGAGGUCGUCUGAGCUGUCACAGUGUGAUUGUAAAUACAACUUUUAUGGGAUCAAUUCAAAGGAAGUCCACAUCGAGUUUGUUCUUCUUCUGCAAAACUACAGUGUAAGUCAUUGAGCGUGUGUGUGUGUGUGUGUGUGUGUGUGUGUGUGUGCGGGCGUUAGAUCGUUCAUGAUGUGUGAGAUUGAUUUCUUGCAUUGCAUUUGUGUUCACUGGUGUUUUUCUUUAAACACGCGUGUUAUAAAGUCAUUGGAAAGACAUAACAGUCAAAUAACAACCCUUUUUUUUUUCCCUACCAAAAAAUUAAUUCUGUCUCUCGGACAUUUACAAUUAAAGUAUACUCACAUUGCAUUAUUUUUGUAUUAUUAUUUUUUUGAUUUUGCUGUUUUUAUCGCCCAACUGUAGCAUUGUUUUUUUUUUUCCAAGUUGUUACCAUUUUUUAAUUAUGUGUAAAAAAUUAAAAAAACUGCAGAUAAGAAAUAGACAAUUGCCAAUUGUAGUUAUAUUAUUUGUGAAGCCAGUCAUUUUUACUCAAUGUCUUCUCUCUUCUUUUUUUUUUGCAAGCUGCCCAUCUACUUUAAAACAUUUUUGUUUUGUUUUUAGAACGGAUGUUUUUUAUAUUAUUAAAAAAAAAAGGUGUGAUACAAGUAAAACAUUCUUAAAAAUAGUUUUUUUAAUUAUUAAAAUUAAUUCGUUUUUUU